AUGAAGGACUGUUCUCGUCUCUGUCGAUUUUUCCUCUUUAUUUUGAUACUAUCGAGCAAAAAGCUUGUUCUAUCGGACACGAGUGUUGCGUGUCGAUUCGAUGGACAGGAUGAUAAUAUCUUUUGGAUCGGUGAAACAAUUACCGGUUUUGUUGAUUUCGUUCACAAGGAUAGUGCAGACUUAAAGUUAGACCGUAUCGAUGGUGAAUUAAUCGGUGAAACCGUUACCAAAGUGCUAGAAGAAACCGAGAAUGGUAAUGUCGAAAGAAAAGUGGAAGAAAUAAUAUUCAAUCAAAAAAUCUUCGUCCGUCCGCUUAAUACAAAAGGUUCGUUUUCGGUAGAACGUGGCAAACACAGUUGGCCAUUUCGUUUUCAACUAGCUGACGAUCUACCACCGUCGUUCGAACAGAAUAAGACCGAUGUCUUCAAGGUUCACUAUUAUAUCCGUCUUUCGUUUGUUCGAUCGGAAUGGUACCGAUUCAAUAUUCAUAAAACUUGUCCAAUCGUCGUGAGACAACCAGGAAGACUUUUGCCUUUAACUAAACUGAAGGCAGAGAAAUCAAGUCGGAACGGUGUUCGAUUUCGUGUCAUAUUCGACAGAAAUGUGGUCAUUGCUGGCCACAAUCUUUCCUUCAAUGUGAAUUUCAUCAAUCCAAAACAAGCUUUGAUACGACGUGUAUCGAUUAUCCUUACUGAAUAUAUUGAAUACGAUGGCCGAGAAAAAUCUGUCGAUAUUAUCAAACAAGAUUUAGAUUAUAUCAAAGCAUUGAAAGAUAAGCAUAUCAAUCGAAACUUUCAAAUACGUAUACCAUCAACAACUCCGGUGACAUUUACAUUUGCCGAAUCGGCUGCGAAUCAUUAUAAACUUCACUUUGAAGUUCAUCUACGAGGAAUAUUUACCAACAUUAAACUUGAAAUUCCCAUUGUUGUCAUGGACCUAGUACCAGAUGUAAACGAUAAUGAAAAGGAUAAAUAA